AUCACGUGCAACCAGGCGCCACUUCGCCUGGCAUUGUGAAUCUUGGAUUGAAUUCGUCUUGAGAUGUGAAUGAAUUUCCACACUCAUCGCUCGUCUUCCAACACAUUGACACAAAUCUGUCGUCCUUCACGUCAGGUGCCCGGUGCUGGGUACUCAUCAUAUCAGUUGCCUUGUCAGUCGGUCUCUUUUCUUUUCAGCGUCAAUCUCACAUCGUUCUUUCGCGCAUUCGCGCCAUCAUCAACUUUUUCCAAUCUUUUCCAUCACCUACGAGCACCCAUCUUAAGCAAUCUUGGUCGAGAUAUCCAAAGUCAUCGCCACCCACCGCCUCCGCGCGAUAGCAUUCAAUCAUGUCCCUGGCCAGCCGAGUCACAAAUGGCAAUGACUCAACUCACCAGAUUGCCGUCAAAGGCUGGACCAGCAGUAAAUUAUCCUCCAACAAAGACCAGGGUCUAGAAUCACUUCUAGUGUUUUUGGAGAAGAAGGCCGGCCGACCUUUAUUACAACAUCGACGUGCUGGGCAGACGGUACUGAUUAUCACUGUCAACUCACAUGACAAAGACCGUUUUUAUCAUCUCAACGGCUUCACCUUUGCCGGCGCAACUCUUGUCCUUGAGGAAGCCCGUCCCCCAGGCAAUCGGUCGCACAACCAGAAUUCCAGUGAUGGGCGAUAUCCCCACCAGUCUCACAACAAUCACUCCUCUCAGCCUCAAAGUUCACCCUUUUCAUCCCAGCAGCCACCGCGAGGCCCACGAGCGCAACAACACCAUCGACAAAAUGACUCUGCUACUUCUGAAGCGGAAAAUCUCAUCAUCUCCAUCAUCCGUGCUCGUUACAAUGCUGCCGACAAACAUCUAGUCCUAAACGCCCUGGCUGCGGAUCCUCUCAUCACUGGCUCCGAACUCGUCAAUUCUCCUCCAGACAAAGUAUGGAAAUCCAUCUUUGCCAUGUGUGAACGGAGUGUGUGGGAGACACCCUCAAAGCGGCGAGAGUCCGUCACCAGUGUCAGUUUACGAGACGAUCACAUCACAUCCGUCAAGGAGAUUCUGAACCUGUCCAGCGUCUUUCCCACCAUCCAAAAUCUCGACCUGGCCGGUAACCAGAUCCCCAGCUUAGAGGAGAUGCGCUUCUGGAAAAAUCAAUUUCGGGAAUUGGAACACCUCAUCCUAACCGGAAAUCCUGUCGCUGCUGAUCCAAACACAUUACCCACACUGCUGAAGUGGUAUCCCAAGCUCAAAAUGUACAACGGGGAGCCUGUGGCACAGGUAGCUCAAGUUCCAGCCGGCCCAGCCGUAACCCCUUUUGCAAACCCAUCUCCGAUACCACAACAACCCGAGCCAACAGCUUCGCAUCCUGAAUUCCCACCAGGCUCAACUUUCGGCCUGCCACAAGAGGGUAAAUCCAUGGAGCAGCUACAGCGGGAACAAAUGGGACUUCAAUUCUCCUUUGAAACCCGCCUCAAAAUGCAAUGGGUUGAGAAUUGUCUAACGGCAAACAAUUGGGACUACGCCGCCGCCAUCCGCAACUUUCAAGACCUUCGAACCGCGAACCAAAUCCCUCCAGAGGCAUACAUCACUGGUGUAUAGUGGCAGAUCGGAAGCAUCUCAUGUAACCAGGGUCAACAAUCCCUACAAAAGAUACCGUCAUCCUACCGAAUGAGGAACAAUCCUCCACAAUUGUAUCACCACAUCGACCAAAUCUCACCAUGGUCCCUACACUUGAAGUCAGUCUAUGACCAGAAUCACACCCUUCUGCCACAACCGCCGAGGUAGAUCAAGUCAACACGGGCACGACGACUCUCUCGAGAACGGACGGAAUCCAAUAAGAGGAUACAACGAAUCAAAGAUCGAUCCAUCGAUCGAGCAUCAAUCAAUUGAAUGUAUGGAUGGAUGAGAAUUGGAAAAAUCGAGCAAGGGGGCAAAUCAGAAAUCCUCGACAAAGUUUGAUCAAUCGAUAUGUAAAUGUACAAAAAGCACGUAGACGUGAUGAUCAGGUCCAUCAUCGUCAUCGUGACCAUGACUCAUGUCUCAUGAGAAAUCAUUCAUUAGCCAUUAGCCAUUAGCCAUUAGCCAUUAGCUAGCCCUUGGACUGUGGCCCUUGGCCAGACAUGCAUCCCUCCAAAUUGGU